AUGCUGCUUCUACCCGCCCCCGCCAAGCUCCGGCUCUACCGUCCCCUCAUCUUCUGCCGCUGCAACGACUGGUCCCCCCUACAGUUGAGCCAGGGUGGUCACCGCAGCAUGGCAGUGCGCUGCUCGCCGCCGCGUCUGGAGACGUUGGCAUUUGAUGGAGAUGAGCUCUCUGCGCGGGGGCGCGCCGCCCGGCCUGUGUCAUCCACCGUGGACGCCGCCCCGGGUGGUGAUGAGAGCGGGGACUUUCUCAUUACCUCCGCGCGGGCGGUGGCUGCGGCAAUCCGGAGAGCCUCUGCUGCCUCCCCUGUGGAGUUCGUGCUGCGGAUGGAGAAGGAUGUCAGGGGCGGAUCGGCGGGGCCGAGCCCGGACUUCCUGAGGCUCUGCGUCGAGCAGAUGGAUCUCUUCCGUAUGGUCGUCGACAGGGAAGCCGUCUUGUCGGUUAGUCGUUGUUUUGAAUGGAUAUUUUCUUCUGCGAUAAACACAUGAUUCCAGUCUUUGUGACGGGUCCACACGUCUCCAUUUCACAUCGAAAUAUAGUCGACUGGCCCGACCUAUACAUCUUGUUUCUCAAUAGAUAAAGGGCGAGUCUACCCCCGUCCCUGACAUUUUCCUCUCGAUUUUCUGAGAAGUGCUUCAUUCUCCAUAUCGAUUCCUUCCGCACGAAGGUAAAUAUCUUGGUGUGACUGCCCGUAGAUACUUUGUGAGUCUCACAAGUACACAAGUUUGACAUUUCUCCCAGUUGCUACUUAGCUGCAUUGCCUUCUGUGUUUGUGUAUUAGUAUCUUUCAGAGGUAACUGUGUAUUCUUCGUGCUCUGGUAUGCGUCAUGGGUGGAGAAUUUUCGACAUUUUUCCUUUGGAAGCUUGUCAAUGCUCCUACUUCUUACAAUGAGCAAAGAUAAAUGUAAGCCGUGCGGGUAUAUGUUGAACUUGUAGCAUACUUGCACUUGCUACAAAGAUCGUAUCUUUUAUCCUUAAAAUUUCUACCUGAAUAGUUUAAGCAAUCGUUGAGUUCACCUGAAUAAUCUCCAUCAUCUACCCAUGUUGUAUAAAUCCUUUCUGUUAAAUAAGUUACCAUUGUUCAUAAGGCAUAGAUUCCAGCGUAGAGUAUUUGAAAAAUGUUGAAAUCCAUACAAAAGUGUAAAAGGAUGUCAAAAGGUCAUUUUUCUCAAGUCAAUAGAUAUUCCCCUUACCCAUUUCAAAAAUUUGUAAUCCACGUAUCCUACCCGAGAAUUUGACAAUUCUUCCGUUUCAAAUUAUUUUCAUUUACAUGUCAAUAAGCAUGGCACUUUGUAUGCAUCGUAUGAGUCCAAUGGGUGAUUGAAGCAUACCCACAGCUUCUCCACGAUGCAUUGUUACCUACUUUAUAACAGUAUCCGGCAGAUCAAGAAUUAAAAUGAGCCCAUAAAAAAACAAAGUGAUCGAGUUACUCAUACCUAAUAUAUGUUCGUAGAAGUCCUAACAUUUUGUGUAAAUAGCAACCAGGCCAUAAGCAGGCAACCGCCUCCAUGAAAUUGUCCACAUUAAAUCCUCUUUUUUUAGGGGUACUCUUGUUCUCGUGUAGUACUGUUCUAUCCAAAACAAAUUACUUCUAUCUAAAGCACUCUACAUUCUGUUCUAUUUUCCCAAAUUCUUGAAUCCGUGACUCAAUCCAACUCAACUUUUAAGGUUGCUGAGUCUUGAUUUGCAUAUGAAUCACCCAAUUACGUUCAGUACUUUCGAUUGAUCACCUCUUGGCAGAGCCCGGAGCUUUCUGCAGACAGAUCAUGAAAACCAUUGUUGACUCAAUGCAACUUGGUUUUUCUUAUUGCUGAGUCUUGAGCAGCAGAUGGAUCACCCGACUUGACCACAUUAUAGUCUGGUUUGUCUUGGCGUCAGAUUAACUCGUAUGAGUAUCAAUAUCCAGUUGUUUGUCUUUACACGUAUAGAUUCCAUAUGUUACAGAAAGUCCCUCUUUACAAAAUCUUUUUGGUUGACACAAAGAUGGCGAAGACUAUGUGCUAUAGUUUUGACCAGACCCAAAAUCACAGAGUUCUGUCUUUCCUCAUUUUCAAUAAUUUUAGCACACUUUCCCACGUAACAAAAUAAGAGUGUCACCCUCUUUGCCUGGGGGCUGCCUUUUAACAUCUCAAUGUUCCUUAUUUUCCCUGGUCUGCUUCUAGAUUCCUUCAAAAGACUUGCUAAAACCUAAAUAGUGUUGGCAAAAUGAUAUUUUUAAUUGUUGUUUUUCAAUAUAUAAGAUGAUGGGACGUGAUGCGAUCUUGUUUGAAAAGCCAUCUAAUCUUGGUGACAUAGGUAACUUAGAGCUUAUGGAGAAACUUCCGUCUGUGUAUAUUGUUAAGAAACAUGGACAGACAUAGAGGAGAAUUUCCUCUGUAUCGGAGGACAGGGGAGGAACGGGAGAAACGUCCUCACUCCAUUCACAUCUAACAGCUCUUAAGUAGAAACAAACCCUACAGACUCUUUCCCAAAAUACCUUCAAUGCCUUACAAUAUUCCGCUUAGAACUUCCAACAUAUAUGAUGUCAGCUGACAUGGAAAUCUGUAGAUGGUUUUCCUGCUCUUUUACACUUAUUAUGCCAAGGUCAUUUAAUCCAUGAGGAACUAUUAGAGUUCGUAGAUUCCAUGGACCUCUCCUAAAGCUCAAAUCAGGUUGCCAGGAUUCGGGUAGAGAUAAUGCUUUUACUCCUUCCCAUUAAAUUAGCCUUAUUGUACUUGACUUAUUUGAUGGAUUAGAUAUCCCAAAGAUCAAAUUGAUAGAAAAUGCAGGAGUUUACAGUUCUUGCUGUGAGGUUCUUCUUGGAUGUUUAUGAGACCACAAUAAUUGGGACUUAAUUAGAAUCCAAACAGAAAUGAUAAAUUCGUUAUUCUGGAGAACUUGUCUUCUAGGGAAAACAUUCUAUGUGCUAAUCUUUGCAAGAACUAUGCUGUUUGUGUUAUAAGGGGUUGUCGAGCUUGCAAAGAACCCAGGCUCUACUCUUUAUCCAAUACAUUGAGGUUUGUCACUCAAGUUUUGUACAGCUUUGUAGGAAUUCAGAGCACAUUCUUGGAAUUUCUCAGGAAUAUAUUGUCAGUAAUGAAUCUCUCCCCGACUAUGUUCGAAUUAUUCAUUUAAAAGAAUGUCAAUUUCCCCUGUUUUCUGGAAGAAAUAGAACCCAUGCAAGGUUUUUGGUUACCAGACAAUGUAUCUUUUUGGUUAUAAUCUUGCAAUCUCUGUGCAACGAAAAGAUAUAAAAUGGUUUUAUUUAAUGAAUUAACUUUGUUAUGUUUUCAGGUGUAUGUUAGACCGGCUGGAAGUUAUGUCAUGGACCAGUUAGAACUACAUCGUGUCAAUUCCUAUUCGCAGGUUGAUAGUGCCGAAAUUGCAGAUUGUGUGGUAUUGAUCGGUAAUUUUGUUGUUCCAGCAGGCUUACGUGCAGCAGAGGCACAUCUUUCUGAUCAGCAAGUAUUUAACCGCCAUAGACAUUCAAUAACUUCCAAUUCUGUAACGAGUUUCUGAUUAUUGUUCGAAUUGCAGGUUGCAUUUAUUCCAGAAUGUGGAGCUAUUGUUUUGCCAAUGGUCAAACAUCCCUUUGUUGUAGGAUUUAUUGUGGCCGAGCUUCCAUUUUUGGAGAGGAAAACAUUCCAGGGGACUGAAGAUAAUGAACAGCAUUCUUCUUUUGGCUCAUCUUCGCAUGAUGCUUAUGAAUUGCGCCAGUCUGAUAAAAGAAUUUGGGAAAUUCAAAGUGUUGAGAAAAAUAUAGCAAAAUAUUAUCAUCAAUUUACAGCAGAGCAUAGUGCUCGAGCUAUCACAAUCUCUCGCUCUUUGGCUAUGGCAUAUGUAAUGGAUCAGGUGGCAUAACAUAAUCACUUUUCUUUAAGGUUCUCAGUAUAGACGUUCCAUAACGAUGAGUAGCACUUAAACUUUUUUAUUCAUUUAAACAGAAAGCAAUGUUGCUCCAGCAAUCAUCUUGGCAGAAUAAUGUCCGAAUGAGCAAUCUGGUUGAGCAGGUAAUAUGAUACAAUCUUGUUCUGAAAAGAUUUUGUAUUGUAAUGUAGACCAUAAAUAUGUGAUUUCAAUCUGUUAAGUUUGAAAAAUUUGUGCAGAUUCGUGGCCCACUGUCUAACAUGAGAACCCUGACCAAAAUGCUUUCCGUCCAACUUAAGAGAAGUGAGGUUUGUCCUGCUCUUAUCGCUGAUUUUUAUGGUAGGACCUAGAUUUCACAUUAAUAUUAAGCUAUGUGUCAGGUUUCGCUCGACAUAAUUGAAGGCAUUCUUGUACAAGGGGAUCAUAUGAAAGAUACUUUACAACAGCUCCAGGAUGCUGUCUACCUUACCAAGGUAGAUUCUGGUGUUUUUCCUUUUGAUUAGUUUUUGUUUUUUGGAUCGCUUAACGUCCUUCUGAACUCUUUGAUCUUGAUACUCUCUUUUGUAUCGUCAAGCUAUAUGGCUUAAAAAAUGUGCAAUAAAUUUUGCUUUUGAUAACAAGUCACCCAAGUCCUGACUAGAAAAGUUACCUUCUAUUUAAUGUUUGUGAAUUCUUUUUUGCAUCUGGUUGGGGUGUCACCUGUUGGACUGUCUCUGUGAUUACUUGAUAUAGUUGAUAUCUGGUGAUUUUUUUUUAAUACUUUUAGGUUAUCCUGUCUGCAUGUACUAUUAUCAAGCUAACGACGCCUUUUUGUGAAUCAUAUAUAGGCCAAUAUUGUUCGAUACAAUGAAGAAACACUUAAGAAAGUGCAUGAUUCUGCUUACGAACACCCAGAGUUAGCAGGAUCACUCUUGCCGGACUAUAGUUUGAGAGAAAUGAAGGAAAUAACACAAAAGAUGGAUUCAAAGCUUGCAUUAAGUUAUGGAGCAAAGGAUGUUGAAGUUCCUAUGCCUCCUCUUGCACUCGCACCUGAACAAGAAAAUAUAAGGUUUUUCUAUUUUGUUGCUUUGCAUGGAUAUUCCUUCAUUAUGAAAAUUUGAAUCUGUCUAUCGUUAUUAUUGACUGUGUUAUGCUUUAUGAUCUUUAAAGAAUUUUUCAGAGAGUUCCUAUACAUGAAUCUUUUUUCUGUAACCACUACAUAGAAAGAUCAGAUCUUAGACAUUCCUCAGUCUACUCUUUCUAUUAAUUAGUUGAAACACAAAUGAAUCAUGCCGUGUUAUGGAUGAAAGAAAAGGGCAUGGUAAUGGAAAAGAUGCUUCUUCUGAUGGGUGUGAUAGGGAGAAAGGGAUGAGGUGACAUGAAAGUGGUAGGAAGCCAAGGGAUAGGGAAGGCUUGUUGUUGCCUGUUGAAUAGCAGGGACAAGUCCUCUUCUUACGUCCUAGCUACCUUCUCUAUGAUUCUAUGGUGGAUUGGGGGAACUUUUAUGAUGCAACGGCUUUGAAUAAAAUUUUUAGGGUCCUUAAUGGCCAGAAGAAUAUUUACGGAAUUUUGUUUUAUUACCUUUCAGUUCCCAACUAGAUAUUUUGUAGUAACUGCUCAAUUCUACCUUAGUUGAUGAAUUGGGCUUGCGGCCUUUGAAAGGCUGAUCGACAGUUGACUGUGUCAUGGUUCUGUGGACAUGCUUCAACAAUAAGCAAGUUCUUCUUUGGGUCGAUUCUUCUGGCUGUUUCAACGGUCGUUCAUCUAGAGUAGGAUGCUUUAUUGCAGUAUAUUAUCAAAGAAAUCCAGUCAAUGUUGAUUGAAAUAUGCUGAAUUCCAGAAACCUGACUCGAGCAUCUUUCUUGGUCUUUUCGUCUACUGAUUUGCUGCUGAAGCCUUUAGGAAUGGCUGCAUUUCAUGGCAUCUAACUUUUUCAGUAGAAUAAUUAGGACGGAAAGUGACAACUUUGCUGAUUAUACUUUAUUCAAUAGAAUAUUAUUGGUUUAGUUCUCAAAUUUAGACUGUGAUCAAAAGAAUCGAGUAUCGGUGCUGUGAACAGAAUCCAACCGUCUUAUCUUGAGAAGUUUUUGUACUUUAUGAGACUUAAACGCAUCUCUUUUUUCAGAAAUGUAUGUUCCAUCAGUUACCUUACUGUAUAGUCUUCUUCAAGACAUUUUUUUCCAGAAUCAGCCAAUUUGACUUCAAAUCAAGGUUUAACUGUCUCACUCUGAAAAAACUGUUCAAUCAUCUAUUUGUUCAUACAAACGUCUAUCUUUUGAAAAUAUUAUUAAGGAUUACUGGUAGUCCGUUUUCAUUUAAGUCUAUGCCCUUCCGUGGCUCUUCAUUAAAGUCUAAAGCCUAGCAUGAUGGACGGUUAUGUACUUUAAUGAAUCUUGUUAUUUGAAUCCAUGGAUAUUUGAAUAUGAUUUUGGCACUAAUUUCUCUUUUUGGCAGAUUUUUUUUGUUAACCUUCUAUUUGUAUGCACUUACAUUUAGAACUCAGCAGCUCAUACGUUGCAAACUCUUGAUCCAUUACUUUUCUUGGUGUCCCCAUUGACUCCUGGUGUGUGCAAGAAAUACUUCUUAGUCGUUAAUUUUGAUGAUCCCCCUUUAGUUCUUAUUCAUUUGCAGAAACGGAUAGAUCACAGUCAUAGGACUUCGUUUUGUGGAUCUUUAAGGACCGCAUCAAAGAAUGACUAUCUUUUUUGCAGUAUAUCUGUUUUUAAAAAAAUCUGUCCAUCUUACUAAAAACCAGUUAACAAUAAGUGGAGUAGCUACUUCUUUUAAUAAUCACAUGUUUAAUUUUACAAUAAUCAAUAUUGCUUUUGGGCUUUGUCAUGUAGACAGUAUUCAAUGAGGUACGUUCAACUUAAGAGCAACUGUCGGCUCUCAUAUCGUGUUAAAGUUAUAUGGCAAUCUAACUCGACAUAAUUUUUGCAACGAGUCAAGAAAGUCUAACUUUGUAAUUACAGAAAAAAAAAAUCAUCAUAAUUAAUACGAGAUUAUUCUUAACAUUAUGGUCUUGCAAUCCAAUGAUUGAGUCGUCUCCGUGAUGAUAAGAUCAUGCUACCAUUUUGGUCUCAUUUUGGAGAGAACUGAUCGCUGAUUCAUUUACUCCAAUUAAUGGGAUCUCGAACAAAGAAAUGGAUGCUUAAUGGUAACUUGUGUAAUUAAAGAACUGCAGUAUCGUUUUUUGCAAUUACAUGAUUAUUUCACUGCCUCCUCAUAAAAGGUUAUUCUCGUGACCCACUCUUGACCUCUGAUUCCUAUGCUUUCUAUGCCAGUCAACUUCGGUGAAAUCUUGUUCUCUCUGUCAUCACUUACGUUCCUUUUUUUUUGUCAGGCAGACCCUGCAAUGUCUCGGAUGUGCUGGCUGAUUUGGUGAGCGCUGCAGCGCCACUUGCUCACAAGCAGGAGCGCCUUCUUAAGCUUGCUGAAAAUUCGCAAUCACUAGAAGUUGCUGUUGAAGAAUCUGCUUUGAGGCAAGCACUUAGCAACCUGAUUGAAGGAGCUCUGCUGCGCACAAAUAUUGGUGGUGGAGUUGAAAUUAUUGCCACGGGAGCACCUGCUGGCGGGGUGCUCAUUGUUAUUGAUGAUGAUGGCCCCGACAUGCAUUAUAUGGUAACAAGAUUACUCUCAGUGUUAACUGAUACUUACUUCAUCAUAUUUGAACAUCACAUUAUUUUUUCUGAGAUUUGGAUGGUUGAGUCCAUUUGUGUUUCUCUUAAAAACUUGCAUUCAUUAUUUUUGCGUUUACUUUUGCAUUAUCUGAAAUGGUCUAUUUUAUGUAUUUCGGUGUUCUGCACCAUUCAUGUCGGUCAAGUUGACUCUCAAUCAGAAAUACCUCCAAUCCCUAAAUCCUUUUAAUGCCAUCAUGAGCUAUGGAUCUGACGUUAAUGUUUGUUUUGGUGAAGUACAGAAGCAUAGAACUUCAUGGUUCAAUAAUGGAGAAAUUAGGUCAAAUUUAGAGCCUUCGGACUGGGAACUAAAAUAAGCCGUUGAAAGUGAGAAAUAGAAUCUGCUGGAGAUUUGCUGAUUUCAGUUAUUCAGAAAAAAUCCUGCCCUGGUCAACCGUCCCUUACUCUUCCCUGUUUCAGCCAAGAAACAGAGCUGAAGAAACACACGUUGACCUUAUUUUCAUUGUGCUGUAAGAGAGCAAAAGAAACUACCCAUUUUCAAUUGUUGGAAAAACAUAGGCACCGGGGCUACCCCAACAGCAAUGAUAAAAUUCCACUCAGUCUUUUACAGUAUCUCCUUACGAGUUAGAACUUCUAACAGCAAUGAUAAAAUUUUCAUUAAUGAUUCCUGAAUGAGAACCGCUUCUUAAGAUGUCUGGAAUUAUUCAUGUGAAUUGCAUCCAAAAGGGUUUGAGUGAAUCAUGGAAGGAGGCCUUCAUACUUCCUCACGCUUAUGUUUUCCACCCCAGAUACUGCAUGCCGCCAGAUGUGAAACCAUGAUUUCAUUCAGUGGGUUGGCUACCCAAGAACCUCAUUAAUGGCAAUUCCAUUCUUAAUGUCAACUGUCUUUCCCGUUGUUCAACGCAGACCCAGAUGCACUCUCUCACCCCAUUUGGAGCCGAUCUCUUUCAAGAUGACAUGGUCGAGGACAACAUGACUUGGAAUUUCGUCGCAGGACUGACCAUCUCUCGCGAGAUCCUCGAGAGCUAUGGCUGUGUCGUUCGGGUGAUAUCCCCCCGUUCGCCCAAUGCAGCCCUCGGCACGGGUGGGACCCGCAUCGAACUGUGGUUGCCCACGUUGACCUCCGAUCUGAUUGAUUCCUCUCAAGGGCAGCUUCAGGUAUGA